AUGCCUCCAGGCUCCCAGCCCGUGCAGGAGCUCGAUUUCAACAAGCUCCCGCGCCCCAUCGCCGCCGCUGAUCUCCUGCAAGGCAUGAGACAUAUGGGCAUUCAGGCUUCCGCUCAGGCAAGGGCUGUGGACAUCAUCAAUAACAUGCGCUCCUGGCGCGACCCUGACACAGGUGCCGAGACCACCAUCUUCCUGGGUUACACUUCCAACCUCAUCUCCUCGGGCCUGCGCGGCACCCUGCGCUGGCUCGUCGAGCACCGCCACGUCUCGUGCGUCGUCACCACCGCAGGCGGCAUCGAGGAGGACUUUAUCAAGUGCCUCGGCCAGACCUACAUGGGCAGCUUCACAACACCCGGUGCCGAGAUGCGUGUCAAGGGGCUCAACCGCAUCGGCAACAUGGUCGUGCCCAACGAGAACUACUGCAAGUUCGAGGACUGGGUCGUGCCUAUCCUCGACAAGAUGCUCGAGGAGCAGGAGCACAGCAAGAAGACUGGGCGGCAUGUCGACGUGUGGGGCGAAGAGGUCGAUGGCGAGCUGGUCUGGACCCCGUCCAAGGUCAUCCACCGUCUGGGCAAGGAGAUCAACAACGAAGAGUCCGUCUACUACUGGGCCUACAAGAACAAAAUUCCCGUCUUUUGCCCCGCUCUCACCGACGGCAGCCUAGGCGACAUGCUGUACUUCCACACCUUCAAGUCCUCGCCCCUGUGCCUCAGGAUCGACAUUGUCGAGGACAUCCGCCGUCUCAACACGAUCGCUGUACGCGCCAAGCGCACCGGCAUGAUCAUCUUGGGCGGCGGCGUCGUCAAGCACCAUAUUGCCAAUGCCAAUCUGAUGAGGAACGGCGCCGACUACGCUGUCUAUAUUAACACCGCCCAGGAGUUUGAUGGAAGCGACGCUGGCGCGAGGCCUGAUGAAGCAGUAAGCUGGGGAAAGAUCAAGCCUGAUGCUGAGAGCGUCAAGGUCUAUGUCGAGGCAACAGCAUGUUUCCCUCUUAUUGUGGCCUGCACCUUUGCCAAAGGUCAAUAA